ACGGUGGACGAGCUGCCCCGCUACCGCCGCCGCCGCCCGCCGCAGCACCUCUGUCCACAGGACAACCUGAGGCCGGCGCGGGACGCCUCCUUCAAGGCCGUCAAGUCCGAGUACCGUCGCCGCUUCCUCUCCUACCCGUUACAGCGCGAGGAGCACGCCCGGCACGCGCGGCGGCCGCGCGACCUGCUGCGGCUCGAGGGCGAGGCGGACUUCUCGGCGGAGUACCGCGACCGCUUCGUCGCCUUCCCGCGGCAGCGGCCGCGGUUGAGCCGUCUCAGUGCAGCGGGCGGGUCUAUGUUGCAGGCGUCUACGGAGCAAGCGUCGCAGUACGUGUGCCACGGGUCGCCGGCGCGCGCGCCACUUCUGCGCAGGCGCACUAGCCUGCGUACGGAGGGGGACCUGCUCGUGCGCGAGUCUGAGCUGCGAGCGCGCUUCAAGAGGCUGCAGGGCGCCCAGCGCGCCGAGCUCGCGCGACGGCCCACCACACUCAGGAUGGAGGGCGAGAUGGAGACUCGCACUGAGCACUUGGAGCGCUUCUGCGAGCCCGGGUCGGGCGCGCGGCGCGCCGAGCUGAGCAAGCGGCGCACGCAGCUGCAGCUGGAGGGCGAGCUCGCCCGCGACACAGAGUCCCGCGCCAGCUUCGCGCCGCCGGUGCCCGCCGCCGAGCGCCGCCCGCCACUGCGCAGGCGCGCCACCAACCUGCGCCUCGACGCCGAGCAGUCGGCGCAGCUGAGCUCCGAGUACCGCGCGCUGUUCGCGGACUUCCCGCAGCGCGACCCGCCCGUGCGCCGGCGGCCGCCUCAGGGGAACCUCGCGCCGGGCCCCGGAGAAAUGGAGAAGCCUGACGUCGAGCCGUGGGAUCUUUCGACCAGUAUAGUGAAGUCGGUCGUACCUGAAGGCCGUCUACUGCUGAGGCACCGUGUUGACAAUGUGCAGCUGUGA